CAGCAGUUGCAUGUCAUGUCUAUGGUCGCGACUCUCUCGUUAUCCAGCUACCUCGGCUCUGGAGAGAAGACGAGGAGAAAACCAACGCAUAAUGCGUAUACCGGAACGGUUACGUUUUGCAUUGACUUAUAUAAUACCCCUACUAAUCGGAUGAGAGAUAAAAUUGCAGCCGCUGUUAAUUCGGAGUUACAGUGCAGUGUGUUUAAGGAGUAGUGUGUUUAGCCGCCAACAAGUCACGCCGCCACUAGCGUGCAUGAACUUCAGUAACGUUAGCUCAGAUGCUAAUCAUCGCCUAGUUUUGUAGCUUUGGAGAAGACGACAGAGAACCAGGUAGCGCACUGAGUCACCAGGAUGUUGUUAGCUGUGCAGAGGCAGCGGGUCCUGAAGGUGUCCUCCAGAGAGGGUAGGUUUGGCACCCUACUCUAUGACUUACAGAGGACACCGGGGAGUAAGAAAGGAUAUGGUCUGUCUGCCAGGACCGCAGCACGCUUCCCGCCCUGUAGCAAGACAGCGACCCCUUCCCCACAGCAGUACCAGCAGGAUCAAAGCCGGUCCAGAGCCCCCCCUCCUGGCAAAACCCCUUUCAACUCAACCACAGAGAGGUUCAGAAGCAUGUCAUGUACAGCGGAGGACAGCCCAGGGCCCGGGACCUACGCUCACGAUGCAGUGACAAACAGGAAAGUGAGCUGGCCCAUGUGCUUCGGAAACCCCGACUGGUCCAGGCUGCCCCAGACGCAGAAGAAGUCACUCCGGGUGAAGCUAAACAAAGAAAAGGAGUUCCUGAAGCACAGAAGCAAGGUGGCCUACCUGAGUUUGUACUACUAACUCUAAAGCUGACGGAUGAAAUCCCACCGGGAUACUAAUGUAAAAACUGGUGCCUUUGUCAAAUUAUUUUCCUCAACUUUUACAGACAUUACCUGG